AUGUCAGCCCUGUUGCAAGAGUUAUCACAAUGGUCCGCUGGCCGCAAGCUGAAUCUCAUCAUUAACAUGCACUCGCCCAUGGACGGUUAUCACCGUGGGCAUGAUAAAUUCGACCACGAUCGCUACCAGGUUAGGUUGGGGAGGCGGGAUGAUCUCUUUCAUGAUCGAUACCGCUACUCGUAUAUCCGCUUCACUGACGCGUUUCACGCUGUCGUUCCCUGUGUCACCACCUUCUAUGUGCAUUACGGCCCAAGGUCUCUGGACCCAGGGAGCCUGGUCGCACUGACGGCUGCGUUUCCCAAUCUGGAAGGCAUCAAUUGGCUGUAUAGAGACUCGGUCCAUUUCCCGGCUCUGCGCCGCGGGCAGAUGCACGAGUUCGCCAGCGCGGUCGCCAGCUUUCGGCCCCCGCCCGCGUGCAAGACCCUGUACAUAUACAUAAAGUCACAGUGGUACCCACACAAGGAGAGACUCCCGGAUCUCGGUUCCGGCGACGGUACGGUCUGCAGCGCACCACGCACCAUGCUGGGCCGGAGCAGUAUCGAGCGCCUCGACUACGAAGGACCUAUCGACCCGACACUGUUCUGGGCUACGCAAGGAGCAUCGCUCGACGCGGACGAUGCUUGCGCCUGGAAAUCCCUACGCGAGAUGGAAAUUUGCUUUGGCCUGGGUCUGCCCGAGGACCGGUUCUACGACAAGGGGAGCGACGUCCCGCUGCCCCCGGAUGCUGCAGAUCUCCUCCCGCCCGGGUACUACGACAGCGACGAGCAAAACGCCGCUGCCGUCGCCGCCGCCAAGACGAUUGAAAUGCCCAAAGACGACAAGGGGCAUAUCGUAGCAGGGUGUGAGUUUCGCUGGUUGCCACGAGACGAGGCAAUUCUCCCGCUGCUCGAGGCCGUUGCCCACCGACUCACCCGCACUCCUUCUCUUCGAAGGGUCUACCUAGAGGCGAGCCUGCCGCGCGGCAGCGGGUUAUGGUUCUUCUCGUAUCAGGCGCCGGGGGAGGUGAGCGCUUGGGACGAGUACGUGGAGCGCGAGGACCUAGCCUGUGACGAUCCCAUGACCCGUGCGCGUGUGUUUCUGCACGCUGCACGGAGGCCGAACGAAGAGACCGUCGCUAGGCUGCGGGGGAUCGGCACAGCUUUGUAUGGAGAGGAUACGAUUGUUACUUUCUUUCCGCUUCUUCGCCAAUUUCAAUCUGUCAAAUAA